ACAACAGACUUUUAAUUUUUUAAUAUUUUAAUAAAAUUAUACAUAUUAAGAAUUUUCAAAAUGAUUUGCGAACCGAAUCUAAAUUUACCUCAGUCAAUUGAAUUAGAAUCUCUAAAGAAGGCCACUGAAACCCUUACAGCUGGACUUGGGAAAACAAGUUUAGAUCAAACAAACCUUAAUCGUGAAGUGUUAUAUGAACAAAAGGAUUACGAUCUCCUACCAUUAUUCAAAGAUCAAUUUCAACAUUUAAAUCAUACUUUAUCGUUGCGCUUGAAUGAUUAUUUGGCCUGUCGUUGGAAUACAUUCUUAGAUAAUGUACCGGAAAAUUACAUACGCAUCCGUUUAUAUGUAGACUUUAAAAAAUCGCUGAAAACUUAUGUGGUAAGACGCAAAUUAUUAAAUGGAAAUUUUUUGGCAUUGAUAAUAAACUUGCACCAACACCUCAGUUAA